AUGUCCAGGAAGCAGAGCGUCCGCACCCGGCCCGGGAAGAAGGCCGAGGUGGAGCGGAAGAGGGACGAGAGAGCGGCGCGCCGGGCCCUGGCCAAAGAGCGCAGGAACCGGGCGGGGGAUGAUGACGGCUCGGAAGAGUUCGCCAGUUUCGCGAACCAGCUGCAGGUGUUGGGUCUCCGGCUGAGGGAGGUACCGGGAGACGGGAACUGCUUAUUUAGAGCGCUGGGAGACCAGUUGGAGGGACAUUCCAGAAACCACCUGCGGCUCCGGCAAGAGACGGUGAAUUACAUGGUGAAGCACCGCGGCGACUUUGAACCCUUUGUGGAGGACGAUAUUCCGUUUGACCGUCACGUUUCUAACUUGGCGCAGUCCGGUACGUUCGCCGGUAACGAUGCCAUAGUGGCGUUUGCUCGCAGUAGCAGUGUGAACGUGGUCAUUCACCAGCUCAAUAACCCUCUGUGGCAGAUCCGAGGCUCUGAUAAGCCCAACGUCCGCGAGCUGCACAUUGCUUACCGCUACGGAGAACACUAUGACAGCGUCCGACGCAUUAAUGACAACACAGAGACACCGGCCAACGUGCAGACAGAGAUGCUUUCCAAGGACGAGUCCAAUCGGAAGGGCAAACAGAAGUCCAGUCUGCCAAAUGAGCGCUCGGCGCGGCAGGGGGAUGCCGUCCAGAAAGUACAGAACGCCACCGGAUGCACGACAUCCAUAUGGGGAGGUGUAUCCAGCCUCAUAAAGAGUGGAGAAACUGUCCAUAGCAAAGCUUCCGGUAGCAUUAAUCAGGACGCUCGCCUCAUCCUGCAGAGUUUGGAGGCUGAGAGCUACGACAUAGAGUCGGCCAUCCACGUCAUUCUGCAGAUCCAGGAGUUGAAACAGAUCGCUGGCAACGCAGGCUCUGCAGACGAAGGAUGUCAGUGUCCGCACACGAAUGUAUCUUUGGACUCCGAUGAUCGUGAAAGGACACGAACCCAACGGAGACCAGAAUAUACAGAGAACUGCAGCCCCGUAUCCACGGUGCUGAGUAACCACAGCAGACAGACCAGACCCGACGCAAAUAUCGCUCCGCCAGAGGAGGACUGCGCAGAGGAUAAAAACACCCAGGAGGAGAACAGGGACCGGCGGAGCCAGAAGGUGAGCAACAAGCAGCGAAAAGAUCAACAGAGACAACAGAAGAAGAAACGUCAGGAGGAGAGGCACCGGCAGAAGGUGCAGGACCUCCGGAGCAAUAACACGGACAAUAACCAGCAGGAGGACAGCGACCCCUCACGUGUAACGGUCAUAAAGGCUUUUGAAGCCCUCAAUAUCUGAUGAUUAUUGACUGCCGCUGACUCAUCCGUUCUAACGGCUAAGCGAUCAUCAUCUUGUGUGUGGAUCUUUCUUCAUCUGCUUCGUCAUCAUCAUCUUGUGUGUGGAUCUUUCUUCAUCUGCUUGGUCAUCAUCAUCUUGUGUGUGGAUCUUUUCAUCUGCUUGGUCAUCAUCAUCUUGUGUGUGGAUCUUUCUUCAUCUGCUUUGUCGCCUCAUUCGUUCAACGAGGGCAGACGGAUGAAGAUACUCGUUUGACAUCUCCUGUGCCUUGUCCGUGUCCGCCAUGUUUUCCCCUCCCCUGAGUGUUUGUGGUUCCGGCUGUGAGAUUGCGCAGCCACACACCAAUCACCAAUACUGUACAUGUAUGACCGCGACCUGCUGGGCUGCAGGUUGUCGGAACAGAGAGAAUAGUAUUUGAAAAUAUAUAUUUUUAAAUAAACGUAAUGUUUAACAAUU